UAUUAUUUCAAAUCAACUAGAUGCUACUGUAAACUCAACGAUGCAGUACAAACGGCAGAAUUCCAAAAUAAACGUUUACGUUACAAUGGAUGAACAGCAUACGCAGGUUGUUCCGUCAGUGGUACCCACCGUUGUUAGCGGAUUAUUUGAUAUUUCAGAGUCAGAUGAAAACAGUGACUAUUCAACGUCAGAUAAUGUUGGACAUUGCAGCACAAUUAACGCAACUGACAUUAGAUCUGAUGCAAGUUCUGUGAACAGUGACGGAAAAUACUUAAAUUCUAAUGGUGCAUGUGGAUAUACAAAUACAAGUUAUAACUCUGACGUCAUUUUGUCAGAUUCGAACAGUGAGGACGCUGAUGACGUCUCGCGACGCCAGCUUCAAGAAAACGGAUUGACGCCGUUUAUUAAAGAGGAACUGAAAUAUUCCAUUCAGACAAAACGGUUAAAAGAGGGAAAGCAGGAAUUGAAAGUGACAUUUAGUCCCCCACCGGAAGAUGUGCUUACACCAGAAGAGGAAGAGCGUGUGGUAAAACGGCGCGUGCAGAAUAGAAUGGCCGCGCGCCGCUUCCGGGACAAACAGAAAGACAGAGCCCACACUUUACAAAAGGAGUGUCAUAGACUAGAAAGCAUUCAGACAGAUUUGAGGUACGAACUGUCGCAGGUACGAAAGGAAAGGGACGAAUUCCGCCAGGCGCUUGAUCAACACAUGGCCGUCUGCCCGCUACAGUUUCCCGCGCAUUUCUAUGCGUCAACUUCGAACUCUUGACAACAUGUGAACACUGUCAACUAUUUUUAGAAACAGAUGUCAACAUUUUACCUCGAAGCAGCUGAUGACAGCAACACGUCAUCACGGUUUUCCCUGAAAUUGCAUUUAUGGCGUUAUAAAAAAAUCUUAUUUUCGAUGUCCCGACAUACCUACCAUAAUUUCUUUUGCCAGUCAUCUGCUUUUUACCUAUUUUUCUCAUCUUUUGAGACACGUCGGUAUUCAGGAAAUUCGUGUAGACAAAAUGGCGACGGUUUCAGUCAGUGAAAAAAGGAUAUUCAAACACACUCUACUUCAAAUGAAUACUGAACAUAUAUAUAUUUAUAUCCCGACGACCUAUCUUACCUGUAUAUUAUGGUUAUGGUUGUGAAAUAAGUAAACAAACAUUUAUAAACGUUUCGAAACUGAAAUAUACAGAAUGUUUUAUAAUGUUGACCUGCCCAGCCUUUUAGUGAUUACAUGAUGAAUGAAUUAGUCAUUAACUUAGUCAAAUUUAUUUCCAAAUUAACAUAUAAAAUCAAAUUACUAUGUAUUGUUAAGAACAGAAACGGCAUGUUGAGAAUGUUGAAAUAUAUAUUCGCCAUAUCAUUUGUUAGUACACAUGUAUUUAAAAUCGGCAUCAUUUCUACUUUGUUAACGCACAGAUAUGUUCGCCAUAUCAUUUGAAAGUAUUUAAAACUGGCAUUAUUUCUACUUUGUUAACGCAAAUUUAUACAAACGCGCUUAUUUAUGUAUUUGUUGUUACACUUUUUCAAAAUAAAAUAAAAAAUACACACCA